AUGGAGCAGCACAUCACUGCCAAGGGUCUGGCAGAGCACACGAGCGUACUGGCGAGCCCCGAGUUUGAGGGACGGCUGCCCGCGUCCCAGGGCGAGGAGCGCACGCUGCGUUACCUCACCACCGCCUUCGCCCAACUUGGCUGCUCCCCUGCUGGCGACAAGCAAGGGGAGGGCGAUGCGGCGUGGCUGCAGGAGGUGCCGCUGAUCGAGAUCACCCCGUCGGGCCACUCGCCGCUCGUGUUGAAGGCCCAGAGCUCGACCCUCGAGAAGGAGGCGGCGGAGGAGUCGUUCGCCUAUCUCUCCGAGUUCGUCUCUUUCACCACGCUCGACGGCCACGUAGGCGUGGAGGACGCCGAGGUCGUGUUCGUCGGCUACGGCGUCGUCGCUCCCGAGUACGGCUGGAACGACUACGAAGGCAUCGAUGUGCGAGGCAAGGCCGUCGUUUGCCUCGUCAACGACCCCGGCUUCCUCCACAACGAUCCCAAGCUGUUCGAUGGAAAGAAGAUGACCUACUACGGCCGGUGGACAUACAAAUACGAGGAAGCCGCACGGCAGGGCGCUUCCGCCUGCUUCAUCGUCCACUGGUCUACCCCCGCCGCCGGAUACGGCUGGAACAUUCCUCAGCAUUCUAAGAGCGGCCCGCACUUCCAUUUUGCCGCGACGGAUGCGGCCGACUGUGCGGUCAAGGGUUGGGUGACGCUCGACACGGCCCGCCGUAUCUUCGCCCGCGGCGGGCGCGACAUCGACGACGAGAUCAAGCGCGCGUCGGAUAAGGAGGCGCGGUUCCGGGCCUACAGUCUGCAGCAGUCCCUGACGGUGUCCUUGGACAGCUCUAUCCGCAAGCUCACCUCGCACAACGUGCUGGCUUUGCUCGAGGGCUCUUCGCGCAAGGAUGAGGUGGUCGUCUAUUCCGGGCACUGGGACCACUUCGGGAAGCGGGCCGACGGAAUCUACCACGGAGCCCGGGACAACGCCCUCUCCGUGGCUGCGCUGCUCGAGUUGGCCAAGGCCUUUGCCUCUGUUCCUCAGGAGCAGCGAGGGCGCUCAGUUCUGUUCUUGGCGCCCACAGCCGAGGAGCAAGGCCUUCUGGGUUUGAAGGCUGCGUCGUUGUCCAACAAAACCCUGCCCCUUCAGGGUUCGGAGUGGUACGCCGAGCACACGAUCCGCUUCCCGAUCGAGAAGACCGUGGCGUGCAUCAACAUGGACCUGCUCAACAUCUUCGGCCGCACCAAGGACGUCACCUUCUUCGGCAGCGGCAAGAGCGAGCUGGACGACUACUCCGCGUGGGCGGCCGAGAAACAGGGGCGAACUGUUGGUGCCGAUCCGUGGCCCGAGAACGGUAUGUUCUACCGGUCGGACCACUUCAGCUUUGCCAAGCGAGGCGUUCCGGGCCUGUUCAUCUACCAGGGCAUGGACCACGUGACCCGGGGCAAGGAGUACCUGCUCAAGAUGAACGAAAGGUGGACCCUCGAAUGCUACCACAAGCCUGCGGAUCAGUACGUGGACGAUCCGGCGAGUGAGUGGUGCUGGGACCUGAGCGGGGCGGAGGAGGACGUGCGCCUGCUCUUCCUCGUCGGUCACAGGCUGCUCAACGAGGACAGCUUCCCGCAGUGGCGCCCCGGAGGCGAGUUCAAGCGGCGCGGAUGA